GUGGUGGAGGUGGUGGUGGUGGGGACGGUGGUGUGAGGAGGUAGUGGUCUGCCAGCGGUUGGUGGGUACAGCCGUGUGAGUGUGUGUGUGUGAAGGGUGGCGGCGGCGGCGUGUGUGUGUCCCCGCGGCCUGCCUUGCCUGUGCGCGCGCGUGUGUGUGUCCGUCCGCCCUGCCACGGCCUCGUACCUCACACCAGCCUCCCCACGACCUUAGUCCAACACCUCGACGACACCGGCGACGGCGACGGCGGCGACGACGACGACCACCAGCUCCUUGCGAGGCGCAGGAGGGAGAGGCACAGGGCACUGAGAGGGCGAGCGAGGAGCCGAGGGCCAACAGGUGGUGACUCUAGACGCGGGAAGCAAGUGGAAAUGAGUGGAAAGAUGGAGAGCCGAGGAAUAUUAAGCGCAGUGCGAAACCCCACGACGAAGCGGCUGGGCGACGGCAGGGGAAGGCCUCGGAGCCGACCCGAAGGCGAGCCCGGCGCUGGUGAAAGCUUAUCGUCUGUGGUGUUAUUCAUACCCGUGUUAAGAAGACGAGCUUUUUGGAAGGACUCCUCGCACCUCGGGAUCGUUUUCCUGGCGCGCGACUCGUGCAAAGUGCCACUAUGUCACGCCCGACGAUAUGACUGACAGAUUAUGAUAAGAGAGACUCGAGAGGCGUGAUAAACAGUGUAUAGAGGAAAUUGAUGCUGGAAAAGAAAGUGAGAGAAAGGAAAAUAAAAGAGAGAUAAGAGAUACUAAGAGACGGAGAGACCGGGAGGAGCCCACGGAGGAGUCGGAAGACGAAGCCACAAACCUUCAAGUACAAAGUCGCUUUCCGACGAGCCGAGGCAGCGUCCGAAAUGGCAUACGGGUACAACUAUGGCCAGGGCAUGAGUGAGGCGGAGCGGAAGCUGGAGGCCCUCACGCAGCAGAUCGAGGAGGAGAUGGAGAAGCAGGAGCAGGAGGGGGAAUACUACGGUAUAUGUCACACGUGUGGGGACAAAGUGACAGGUGCAGGGCAGGCAUGCCAGGCCAUGGGCAACCUGUACCACACCAACUGCUUCAUCUGCUGUUCCUGUGGCCGGGCGCUGCGGGGCAAGGCCUUCUAUAAUGUCCACGGCAAGGUCUACUGCGAGGAAGACUACCUCUACUCCGGCUUCCAGCAGACGGCAGAGAAAUGUGCCAUCUGCGGCCAUCUGAUCAUGGAAAUGAUAUUACAGGCAAUGGGCAAAUCUUAUCAUCCGGGUUGCUUCCGUUGCUGCAUCUGCAACGAGUGUCUGGAUGGUGUUCCCUUCACGGUCGAUGUUGACAAUAAGAUCUAUUGUGUACAUGACUAUCAUAGGAAGAUAUUACAGGUUCAGGUGUCAGCAUUACUGUUUAUUUCCCUUUGUGUAGAUGAUGAAAUGAUCAGCUGUGUAGAGGACUUAACUCUGAUCACCAUCACAGUUCCCAUGCCAAAGAUUAUGAGCUAGUUCUGCUGCCUGAAAGUUCGACGGGAUUGCCAGCGGAACGCGCAGGUCAAAACACUGUAGUGGUGCAUUCAGUUUUUGCAUGGUGGGACUCUCCUCAUCUCUGUUGAGUCUGGCAUCCAUAAAAAAAGAAAUAUGAAAAAGGAAAUAAAUUGCAUGUCAGGUGCUUUUCAUGUCUUUGAAUGCAUAUUUUCAGUUUAUUAUACAUAUAUAUUAUUUUUAUUUUAUUUAUUUUUUAUUUUUUUGCAUGAAUAAAUAACAAAGACUUGAAGCAGAUCUCAAGAAGAUACAUUUGCCCUACCUUCUGAAAUAGGGAAGGCAAGGUACGUAGCGGAAAAUCUGGGCAAAUGGAAAACGUCAAAUCUGUUUAAUUCCUUGGGAGGGGAAAGGGGAAAUGGCACUAUUAACCAUCACGUGGACAGAGGAGGGUUAAAGACUUUUUUGUUGUUGAAAUAAAAUGUGUUCUUAAUCAGCGAGUAGCUUCAAUGAUUUAUCCAUUUUGAUAUGUAACUAAUGCAAAAUCACAGGACGUUGGAUUACACACUUAUGUAUUAUCAUAAAUUACUACUUAGAGCUUAAAGUUGGUGUUUCAACUGAAUUGCUGAUUGGUAAAGAAGAGAGAGACAGACGGAGAGAGAAGGAGAAGCUGAUAGAUAAAAUAAACAGGCAUGGGAUAAAUGAUAAAAUCAGUUGUUGGAAAUAA